AUGCAUGGUCCGGGUGGUAUGGUGACUGGGGCCCUGGUCCUGGCAGACAGCUUGGAGGCCUCGGAGGCAGCUACGAGACGCAUUUGCGCGAUGUUCCCUGGUAUCACUGCAGUCGGCACAGUGGCGGCCGCCCUCCACGAGUCUCCCUCACUCUGUGCCGCGGGCACGCAGCGCGGUUGGCCAGCUGGGCCUUGCGGCUCUGUGAAGCUCUGGGGCUCCGGGGCGCUUGCACUUCUUCUCCGUGGCCCCCGCCUGCAGGCUGUCUCCUGCAGCGGCAUGCGGGCAUUGGGCCCAUGCCUUGAAGUCACACGGAAGCAGAAGAAGAACGUGAUCGAGCGCUUGGAGAGCGAGCCGGCAUGGGCCAAGAUCCAAGAGGUGUUUCGUGACUCCACCCUCGAGGAACAGCUGCUUGCUCGAAGUCACGUGCUGACAGUCAGCGUCCAAAAUCCGGGAUGCGACUGCCAGAUUCGUGUCGCCAGUAGGGUGCAGGCCUCCCAGGCAGUAGUGGUGGCGAAUGCCACGGUCGAAGUUGGCGCCAAGAUACAGAUGAUGGUCAGACAUCGUGAGGAGGCGGAGCGCGAAUUGCGACUUCUCCCAAAGCGCCUAGCCCUCGAGUCCGCGUGCUCGCCGGGACGAGCAGAAGGUUGCCUGCUCUUCUCCGAUCGUGCGCGGGGCAAGGCUCUCUUCGGCCAGCAGGGAGCGGAUGCUGCGGCAGCCCAAAAGCUGGGUGUUGAGGUGGCCGGGUGCCUGGGCCGUGGCCAAGUCCUGGCCACAGAUGCCGGUGUGGCUGCGCAGCGUCUCAGCGCUGUCUUCGCACUCCUCACCCACACCAAGGGCACUUAG